AUGGUCCCCCAGUCCCCACGAGGGCUCCCUGGCCCUGCCGACCCCUUCCCUGUCCUCAAGGGAAGCAGCGAGCCAGGCAAAGAAGUUUCUGAGCGAGGGGGCACGUGGGCUGUACCAACCCCUCUCCGUCGGCUGGAGGCAGCAGCUCGCACUAAGGGAGCGAUGACGAGAUGUCCAGCGGCCUGCGUCCAGCUAAUGAGGCACAGCCCGGCCGGGCCUGGAGGUAGGUGCGCAUGCGCAGACGCAGCCCUGCUCACGCCCAGGGGUGGGGCCCGGCCCCCCGGUCAGGUGAAGGUGACUCCAGACAGCAGCCCGGCGGGGCGGCCCGGUGGUCCUUAUGAGCUGGCAGGAGGGUCCUGUGAGGGCAGGCCCAGCCGGCUGACUGCUGGGCGACCCCUGGUCUGGGACACAGAAAUGUCGCUGCAGGGCCAAGGAGCCCCUGUGGCUCUUGAGCAAUGA